UGGAUAAUGUUUUGUACACAGUACAAAAUACAAUUGAAACGUAGCAUUAUUUGGCGCCAAUGUCCUAAAAACCGUUAAAUGUUAAUAGAUAGUGAUAAAUCAGUACUGUUGAUUAUUCAAAUGCGCAUUUAAAAUAAUAAAUAUAUAAUAAAUGAGCUAUGUGAUCACCCAACUUUAAACUGCACCCUGAAGAAAAACUGGUCCUACGAGUGUCGUCAGAUCUGUCACCCGGACAAAUUCGUGAUACGAUGUUUACUUGCGUGUUUUGAUUGAAAUGAAGAGAUUGGAAGUAUUUUCAUUCGGAACAUCUUGACCAACCUUGAAAAAUGGGCACAGAGGUGCCGAAAACUCAUGAUUCAAGUGGUGAUACAGAUUCAAACAGUGAUACUGAGAGUAGCAGCUCAAGUGACACAUCAGGGAGUGACUGGGAGUGCUCAAGUAACAAGCAAACCAAUGCUCGAAAACCUCAUUUCUCAGUAACUUCAUGUGAUACCGGCUUAAAACUAAAAAUUGCAGCAAUUCCUCGGAAAGUCACUUCUAAGAAAACAGCUAAAUCCUCAGUUAAAAAGAAAGGCAAUGAGCCUGUGUCCACACAUAGAAAGGAGAAGCCUGUAAAAAAAAAGUUAUCAGAGAGUAGUUCAACCUCGGAAUGUAGCAAGUGUUCAUCUGAUUCUUCCAGCGAAGAUGACUUGCCACUUAAAGCUGUUAAGAAAUCAUUACCAACCAAGAACUCUGUAUCAAAAACUGCUAAAAGAAAUACAAUCAAAAGUGAUAGUGACAUUAGUGAUAAAGAUUCAAAAAAUAAUAAGGACAAGACAUGUAAAAAUAAUGCAAGUGUCAAAAAGACUAAGUGUGAUGAAUCAAGUCAGGAAGCAAAGAGAGGGCAGGGGCGACAGCGCUCUAAGUUCGCAUCACCCACAGCUGAGAGCGUAGUAUGUGGCAGUAGCUCAUCGUCUACCACAUCGUCGUCAUCGUCAUCAUCGUCCUCAUCAUCUUCUUCAUCAUCAGAUUCGGAUACUGCUGACGCUGCUGGCAGUUCCACGCACAACCCGCCCGAUGAUUCGACCGUCGCAUUGGCAGCAGCUUGUCAAUUGCAGGUUAUCGACGAUGCGGACCUCGCGGAACUAUUUCCAGAACAAUCAUCUAGCGCGCCGGUGCAGCAGCCCAAUUUCUCGUCAUUUUCCGUGCACAACACCUCGCCAGAUAACGACGAUAAAUCAAUCGCGGAUAAUGGAGACGGAUCCAGCAGUGAAAUGGAGCUUACGCCCCAGCUUGUGACUGCUGCAAUACAAAGAGCAACGGCGGACUCUUCUGGAUCUGAAAACGAGUGUUCGAACUCUGACACUGUCCAUCAAAAUACAUCCCAUUAUGCGUCAAGUUUGUUGCAACAAUUUGUAGCACAAACACAGCUUUUAAGUAGUUCUGCUCCACUAACAAACAUUAGUGCAUCAACAUCACUACCUUGUGGACUAAAUGGGAAUCAAAUCGACAGUGUAAAUACUAUCAGCGAUUGUGUGCUCGGGCAGAUAAAUAAUCUAUCUGAGAUUGCACCAAUUGCUCCAAAUUUCUUGAAUAAUGGUAAUAACCAGCAUUUAAGUCCUCAGCAGACUGAAGAGCUAUCUCAAAUAAAUAAAGAUCUUGAAGAAAUAACGUCUGUCACAUCAUCAGUUGAUUUAUCCAUACCUAACCCACCAAGUUUGGAAGACUGUGUUGAUAACAAUGAUUUUAUGAAUUUAGAUAUCACAGCUGGAAGUUCGGAAUUAGGUAGCGCAAGUGAUCUUUUGAAGAGUUCGUCGAUAACUGUAGUUAGUAAUACAUUAGCUUCAUCAAAUCAAAUUGACACCCAAAAGCUGGAUUCAAUCAGUACGAAUUCGGUUGAAUCUCAAGAAGACUCGAAAAAUAUCGUAGUGGAAUCUAGAAGGAAAAGAGGUCGUCCAAGGAAGGUGAAAAAAAUUGAUGAAUUGUCUAAAAAAGAAAAAGAAUCUCAUAAAGAAGAUAAACCAGUUGUAGUUAAUGUAAUUAAUGAUUUUCACAAUAGUAAUGAUCCACCAAAUGUUUCACCUGAUUCUGGAAUUCUUUCUAACCACAAUUCGCCAACACAUUCUCCACUACGGCGACAUGAUGUUGACGAAGGUAGUAGUAGACACAGUAGUAGAAAAUCGGUACAAAAGGAGAACAAUACAGCCGAAAGAAAAAGUGCGAGGUCAAAAUCAAAAACAAGAAGUCAACAACAUAAUAGAUCAGAUUCCAGUGACUGCGACUAUAGGAAGAAAAAAAUUGAGAAUGAAAUCAAACAAAUUAAAACAGAAGCACCGUCUCCGGUACCUCUAAAGCAGGAACAGAAUAAAUUUGACAAAACAAAGAAAAACGACCGCAAAUUGGAUAUAGCUGCUUUAGAUAGAAUGUUAUACGCCACGGACAGAGUUUUAUAUCCGCCACGCAAAAAACCUGGUAGAAAACCUCAAGCAAAAUCAAAACCUACUAAAACUACUUCCAAAACUUUAAAGGACAAAAAUCAGUAUAAUUCUGGUGACAGUGACAAUGAUUCUAUUUCACCUAAUAGAUCAGUGUUAUCUGGAGUUUAUGCAAAGAGAAAAGAACUUAACAGCAAACUUGCAAGUUUACCUAAGAAAAGUAGUAAAACAAUAAAUAAUUCUUGGAGGGAUAAUCAAAGUGAAAAUGAAGCAGCUGCUGACGACAUGCUUGAUCCUACGUGGAAAGAAAUCGACCUUAACCCUAAGUACAAAGAUAUUCUGUCAGGAUACAAAAGUGAUUAUGAAUUUAAACCUUAUAAAAGUUGUAGCAGGCUGAUUGAAUCGGGUUACAAGAGUGAUUAUGGAUGUAGAUCUGGCUAUAAAACCGAUUGCUAUAGAUCAGGCUAUAAAACUGAUUAUAAAUCGGGGUAUAAAACUGAUAAAUCUGGGUAUAAAACGGACUACAGUGUUAGAAGUAUGCGAAGACGUAUAAAAAAAUUAAAGAAAACACGAUCUGUUCGAAAUAGAUCAUAUUACAAAAAUAAACACUUUGUAUCGGAUCAGGAAAUUUUAUUAUUGACAAAUAAAACAUUUAAUAGCCUAACUCUUGGACAUAGUUCAAGUGAUUCAGAAUGUGACACAUAUUUAAGAAAAUCUAAUGCUAGUCCCAAAUACAUCAGUGUUUGUACCAAGUAUCCGCUACCAUCAAAAUAUGACUAUAGUUUCAAGAAAAUGAAUCAAAAACAUGUAUUACGAUUAAAUUCUUCUGAUCCAUUUGCACCUGGUCCAGUUUUCAGCGGUCUUCAAAGGCCAGUAACGACUUACAAUAUUUUCAAAGUUAGUAAUAAUAAUAAUAACACCCUUUUGAAGUCCCCAUCGCAAGUUAAACACUCUGGCGGCAAAUUACCGUCACUCAAACCAGUUUUUACCCACAAAUUUGGAAUAUCACCGUUAACAUCGACAAAAAUGUCAUCUUCACAGAAAGAAAACGAAAACUUAAAACAAUCUGGAAGGAAUCUUUCGCCUAAAAACCGUAAACAGAAAUCUGGAUCAUCCGUAUCGCCUAACACGAAAAAAGACACUGUAAAACCUUUACCGAGUAUUUUUGAAAAGGCAAAAAAUAGUUAUAUACCAAAUAAAUCUUUAUCGAGGAAUGUAUUUUUAAAUUUUAAAAAGUCACAAAUUAAGCCUUCGUUUAAUAUCAAGAAACACAGGCGAACUGUUGUCCUUGCCCCUCCUAAAAUUAAUUUGAAGCCUACAGAGCGUCCUUCUCGACUUACCAUAAAAACUGAAAAUAAACACCAUCGGCAUAGAAGUAAAAGGCGACACAGAUCCCGCUCAGUUUCAAGGUGUAGAGAUUCUUUCUCAAAUCGUAAUGCUCCUGAAACAAUAGAUCAAAAAUUUAAUCAAGACAUGGACAGUCUCAUAACAAAUUUUAUAAAACUUUGUCAUGUAGCUCCAAAACUUAUAGCCAAUGUUGCAUCAAGUCAACCAAAAAAUCAAGAAAAAGACAAAACUGCGUUAGAAACAACAGCUACAAAAAUAGUAAAGCGUGCCUCGAAAAAACGAAAAACAUCAGAUAAUUUAGAAAUCGCUACACCCACAUCAAAACGAAGACAUAAGAAACAAUUAACCGAAUCACAGAAUAAGGGUGGAAAAGAUACAAAUGAACAUAAAUUACCCCUGAAAAAGAGACAUUAUCAUAUUAAUUCUUCCACAAGUAAUACUCUGAGUUUGAGUUUGGUUACCACCGAAUUUGAUGAAAAUUCAAAAAAUGGCUCUAGUUCUGAAAAAUUCUUGUGUACAGAAACAGACUGUCUCGUUGAUUUGCAAACUCAAACGUCUGAGGGAUCGCCUAAAUCUAAAGUGGUUUCUGAAAAAAUUAAAAAACCCAAUGACUCUUCAAAAAAUGUAGCCUUGUUAUCGGAUGAAAAUAAAAAUCAAUCAAAUGAGUCAAGUAAGACACAAAAGUCACAUGAAGAUUCUGAAAAUGUGUCAAUAAAGGACGACAUUAUUUUAUCUAAUAUCAACAAUGAUAAUAAUACAAAUUCAAGUGAAAUAGUAGACGAUGAUUUACUAAUUAAAAAGCCUUCUGCUGAACAGUCUGAUUUAUCCAAGAAAAUUUAUGAAACAUCUGAGAAAUUAAAAGCAGUGCACAAGAUGGUUCAUGAUUUAGAAAAAUGUUUACCAAAAUCAAAGGAUGUCGAUGUAAAAACGGAAACAUCAAAGACGGACAAUCAUCGUGUAUCAUCGCCUAGAUCUGAAACAAAAAUGUCACCAGUCAGAAAUCCUAUAGUGACACCAAAAAAGCGACAUAGAUUAGAAGCGGAGAAAGCGGUAUCACUUUCAAGUUUGGAUCAAGUAGUACAAUCUUUAUCAAAGAAACUAUCGGAAGAUAAAUCUAAUGUUCAUAGUGAAACAAUAGAUAUAAAUCAAAAUACUUCCAAAGAAGACCUAAAAGAUAGUGAAAAGUCGAACAGUGAAUCACCAGAUGCUUCUAUCGUUUCAAACAGUGUAGUUGAUCCCUUGAAAAGCAUGUCGGCACGUUCGCUUUAUAAAAGCUCUAUACCUCCUGCACAGAAAUCGGAAAUCAUGACUCGAAAGAAGAAUAGGCUGGAAGGAUUAACUAGUAAUUUAGUAUCAAAAAUUAAUCCAAGCGCAGCCACGAAAGUUCUGGAUACACUAUUGAACAAUAAUAUACGGAAAUCGAUAGAAUCUCGAAUUUUGGAAAAAGAAAAACAUAGUUCAGAUGGUAAUAAAAUAGACGAAAAGAAUAAAAGCAGGGAAUCUAUGAGUAAUCAAAUAAAUACUCGGGCUAGUGUUAUCAAGUCACCAGUUUCAAAGGGUAAAGUAUUGGAAACGAAAAGAGUAAAAGUAUCUGACAUUUUACCAGACCCUCCUGUAGUUGUAAAUGUGGAUAAACCUACAGGAAUUUUUGAGCCCUCUAUUGAUUUAGAAGAUCAAAUUCCUAAAUCAUCAAUAUGUGUAAGUAAUAUAUUAGCAGACUCAAAUAAAAACAGAAAAUUAAAAAAUCUGGACUCAAAGAGUUCACUGUUGGCUUCAAUUGAUACAGAAUCUGAAAUACCUUUAGCUUUAAUAUCUGAAACUCCAGAUCCUAUCAUAAGGCCUAAAAGAGGAGAAUCAAUAGCCGCUGUAAUAUCUGAUAAAAUUCAAGAGACUAGCGGAGGUCAUAAUUUAAGACAACAUAAAAGAAAUCUGACAAGUGAUAGUGAUGACACAAAUGAAAAGAAAAAGAAGAAAACAUCUAAUAAUCUAAUACGUGAGAGUAAGCUAGUUUUACCAUCUAAGGUUCUUAUUCCAAAGAUCCAAGCGGAACGAUUGCCAAUGGGCGAUUUCAUAAAGAAAACUAGUUUCCAAGUUAAGAAGCCUGACUUGAUUACCGUCGAAUCUAAUGAUAAGACGAAAUCGGGUGAUAGUUUUAAGAAGAAAACCAGAAGACGCAAAGCUUUUAAUAGAACAGGAUUUCCUAGCAUUAAACGGAAAAAGAAAAAGAUUGAAACAAAUAAUACUAAUAAUUCAUAUGAUCAAUUGGCUUCUGAAGAUACUGAUAAUUCUGCAUUUGAAAGAGUUCCAAAAGACGGUGAAGCUAUGCGUAGCUUUUUAGAACGCACAGGUACCAAACAACCCGAGCUAAAAGUAGUGUUAAAUAAAGAUGAUUGUCCGAAACAAGGCCGUUUAACAGUUGUUGCACUAGAAAAAUUACAAGGUAAAGAAAUAUUUACUGAUAACAAUAACAAAAAACAAGGGGAGAAGGUAAUACAAGAAAAGAAAACCACAUCUUCAAUCUUAAGAGCUCCUGCUUUGCAAUUAAAACAAAACAAGACUGAUAAAGAAGUUAAAAACCACAUUAAUAAAUGGGAAGUAUUAAGUGAGACUGAUAGUAUUCCUUCAAUGGCCAGUUCGCUCGGUAAUGAUCCAGAGGACAGUAUACCAUUAAGUUUAUUGAAUGUCAACCAGAGCAAACCAACAAGUAGAUUUGACACUUUAGACCGAUUAAAAAGAAAGAGUAGAGCGAUGUCACCAUCAAAUGAAAUAGAAGAUAUAUUUUCGAAACGCAAAGUAGUAGAAAAGAGCGCCAAGGUCGGCCUUAGGCCUAAAUCAAGUUUGGCUGUUUUGUAUCCAGGUGAACGCAGACUCACUCGAAGUUUUGACAAUGUCAAUGACGAUGGAAAAACAAAAACAAGAAAAUCAGAACACAAAAAAUUGAUAGGAAAUACAGAAAAAGAAAAAGUUUUGAAUCCUAUGAGCAUUGUUACCAGACGGAAAUCGAGAUCGUGUCAACUUAAUAAAAAGCCGCGCAAUGAAGUAUAUUCCAGUUCUAGAGAGAGCUCCAUUGAUACAGUAGUAAGUCGCAAAUUAACAUCCAAAUCUCGUGAACCUUCUGUUGAUACACUUCUCGACCACGAUGAAAAUGAGCCCCUGCCUCUUAAUGAGAAAGAAAUUGACUUCGAAAAGAGCAUAGAUGUACUCUCGAAGAGUAUUAUUUGCAAGAAAAGAAUAGCAGCAUCGCGUGAUCACAGUCCGUCUAGUAGUAUUGAUAAUAGAGACAAAGUCGUAUCUAAGAAAAAUCCACGGCUAAGAAAGAAAUUCUUAUUAGCUGGUUUGUUCUCGGACUAUUACAAAGAAGAUCCAAAGCCGGAAGGAAAGGGGAAGAAUCUUGUCACUCAAACAGAAUUUCCUCCGGGAUUGUUAGCUCCGCCACCCUAUUGUGAACGUUGGGUUAGAAAGAGACUUAUCCAUUUCACCUUACCGUAUGACAUCUGGUGGGAACAACAUUACAAUCAACCUGUCCCUUCGUGGAAUUAUAAGAAGAUACGCACCAAUGUUUACUACGAUGUUAAACCGUCUGCUGAAGAAUGUGAAAGUGUGGCGUGUAAUUGUGCUCCAGCUUCUGGUUGCAAUGAGGACUGCAUCAAUAGGCUUGUAUUUUCUGAAUGCUCUCCUCAGUUGUGUCCUUGCGGAGAUAAGUGCAAAAAUCAAAGGAUCCAACGCCACGAAUGGGCUUCUGGUCUGGAGAAAUUCAUGACGGAAAAUAAAGGCUGGGGUGUUCGUACCAAGGAUAAAAUAACGUCAGGCGACUUUAUUCUAGAAUAUGUUGGCGAGGUUGUGUCUGAUAAGGAGUUUAAGGAGCGCAUGGCGACGCGUUACGCGCGUGACACGCACCACUACUGCCUGCACCUGGACGGCGGGCUCGUGAUCGACGGACACCGCAUGGGCGGCGACGGGCGGUUCGUCAACCACUCGUGCCGGCCCAAUUGUGAAAUGCAGAAGUGGACUGCUAAUGGUACAUUCAGGAUGGCAUUAUUUGCACUACGUGACAUAGAUUCCGGUGAAGAACUGACCUACGAUUACAACUUUUCACUAUUUAAUCCAGCUGUUGGACAGCCUUGCAAAUGCGAUUCUGAAGACUGCCGCGGGGUUAUUGGCGGGAAAUAUCAACGUAUUACGAAACAGCCAUUAAAAACACAGUCUAGAACACCAUCCAAUGCUUCUAAUCAAUCAAACAGUUCGAACGGCAACCAACCUCGAGUGGGAAGGCCGCGUAAAGCAGUUAAAUGCAACAAGAAAUCCGAGCAACAAAGCGUUUCAGCAUGUGACAUCAAAAACAUGACAAUACUCAAAUAUCAACAGCAUUUGAAUAAACUGUGGCAGGAACCACAGUUGAAACCACUGACUGCUAAAGAAAGGAAUCUCGUUAAAGAGAGACAUUGUUUCCUGUUUAGAAAUUUGGAGAACGUGCGUCGUACACGUGAACGAAUGACAAUACAAAUUCCGCCUUCACCCCCUGCCCCUCCCGCGCCAGUCCCAAGCACCCCUACAGUAUCUACCGUACCGAGUCAACCCGCAGUACCAGAUACAAUAAAUGUGGACCCAUUAACCCUCCCCGAUACUAUGAACCCACAAGUAUUCCACAAAAAGCUACAAACUCUACGCGCUUCUAAGGAAGAAAUUCUUAAACUAUCCAAAUUGGAAGAUGACCCGUCGUUGGACACGAAACAGCGCUUGACGCGCGUGUUUAAAGCUCUGUACAAUAUUAUAACAUAUUUCAAAGGUGACGAAGAAAAACCCAUAUGUUCACCGCUACUCAAAAUUAAAAACCAAAAAUCAGAUACAAUCCCAAUAACGGAUCUAAACGUGAUUCAAAAUAAAAUUGAGAAUAAUGAAUACGAGAGUGUGGUUCAGUUCGACAGUGAUAUGAGCGGGUUGUUCUCUGCGCUUAUGCGGGAAUAUAAUAAGAUGACCGCCAUUGGCGCUGCCGCUGCGCAGUUGAAAAAGGUAUACAAUUCUGCCAAGUUGGAGUUUGCUGAGCAACUUAUUAAAAUACUUGGCUCACAAGAUAGUUUACCAUCAGGAUUUAUACAAAAAUCGAAGCCUGAGGAGGUAAUCCUGUGCAUAUGCGGGCUGCACGUGGAGGAGGGGCUGAUGGUGCAGUGCGGCAACGCGCGGUGCGGCGUGUGGCAGCACGCGCGCUGCAUGCGCCUCGCCGACACCAGCUGCACGCACUACUGCCAUCUGUGCUCCACCGACCCGGUUGAUCGUGAGAUCCCACUCGACGAAUACACGGAAGAGGGUCACCAGUUCUACCUUUCUUUGAUGCGUGACGGGCUACAAGUGCGUCAAGGCGACACUGUAUACGUACUGCGAGAUAUCCCCAUUGAUGAUAAACACCCGGACGUCAGCCAAAAGGACGGCGAUAAGACCGAUUCGCCGAAGACUAAGCGUGUCGAUAGGAAGAAGUUGAAGAAUAUCAAGGGGAAAGAGAAAGAAGAGACUAUUCAGAAUAAGGAUGGUUCGGUCCGCAAGCACACGUACCAAACGAUCGGUUGUGUGCCCGUGUCCGAAUUGGAUAUAUUCCGUGUGGAGCGUCUGUGGAAACACAAGGACACACACGAGCGCUACGUGUACGGACAUCAUUAUUUGCGCCCGCAUGAGACCUUCCACGAACCAACUAGGAAAUUCUUCCAUAAUGAGGUCAUGCGUGUACCACUUUACGAGGCAGUGCCCAUAGAGCUAGUGAUGUCUCAAUGCUGGGUCAUGGACUUGAAUACUUAUUGCAAGGGCCGUCCGGUGGGCGCGCACGAGUCGCACGUGUACAUCUGCGAGCUGCGCGUCGACAGAACAGCGCACCUGUUCACCAAGAUCUCGCGGCCCAAGUACCCGAUAUGCACCAAGCCGUACGCGUUCGACCACUUCCCGCAGCGCUUGAAGGUGUCGCGGACGUAUGCUCCUCACGAAGUUCUGCCAGAAUACUUGAAAGGCCGCGCUGGCAAGAAUUUUAUGACACCAGAUAAACCUAAGACAUCACAGGAACCGAAGAAAAAGCCUGUCGCUAAUGCUGUGGCUACCGUUGCAAAGAACGUAUCGGCCGGCCAGCGUCGCGAGCAGCAGAAGGAGCGCGUGAACGCGAUCGCGCGGCGGCUGCUGAGCGCGGGCGGCGGGUCGGGGCGCGCGCUCGACGCGUCGUACCUGCUGGCGCCGCGCGCCGCCCGCCGCCGCCACCGCGUGUCCUGACCGCCGCGCGCUGCCUGCG